AUGAGGCGCAGUUACGGCGAGGGACGGUUCCUCGCUUCCCCCUCCGGAAUCGGCUCCGGCGUCCAGACCGGAAGGGGCAGCGACCUCCACGACCUCUACGAGGAGGACGUAUGGACCGCCUCUCCCGAGGUUUCCCAUCACCACCUCUCCGACGAGGUCGUUGACGACGACGACGACGACGAAAACGACCGCUGGCAUGACGCGAGCGUUGUCUCCGAUAUCCGGUGGGUUCACAGGAAGGUCGGUGGCCUUUCUCUCGCCUUAGAGGACUCCUACCGUGGCACAGACGCUCGCCCUCUGCGGAAAAGGCGGCAGUCGACGUUGCCGGCGUCGGCGCCGGUGGACGUGCCGGCCUGGCCGAGGCAUCACUUGCCGGGAUCGGGUGGGCCACCGUCGGAGACAGAGGAGGAGGAAACGGAGGAGGAUUGGAUGCCGCCGCAUGAGUACUUGACGCGGGCCCACGGGCGGAGGACGGCGACGGCGUCGGUGUUGGAGGGCGCCGGGCGGACGCUCAAAGGCCGCGAUAUGAGCCGGGUCCGGGAUGCCGUCUGGAGUCAGACCGGCUUCUUCGGCUGA